GCCUAAGUACCUAUCAUGUAUGUUUCGACACGUAGAAGCCUUAUGACCGAUGUGAUUACAUCUUGAGCAGCUGAGUGGGGCACGAUCUAGGAGAUCCGGCAAUUCUCCCGCAUGCUGUUGUCCGUUCUUCCUUCCUGUUUCACCCUUGCUCAUUCGGUUCUUGGGUGGUCGUCUUUUACGAACAAGGUGGUGUGCAAUGGCUCUCACAACGUCGUUAGGUGCCGUCGUCUGGCUCACCGCCAUAACCUUCGGGACCGCCUCCAGAAGCCACGCCUGACAAUUCUGCGCCUCGCGCUUCUGCUUCUUUCCCACCGUUCCACUUCCGAUACAAGCCGUAUGAUUCGGAUCAACAAUAGUAACCUCAGCACUCUCGGACACCUUUUUCCAGUGAGCCCGGACUUUAGAGGUGCAGGCCUUCUCCGCGCAGAUCACCACGUUGAUGCUGCUAGUCAACUUCUGGUACCGCGUGCGGAACCUGCCUUCCACCGCCCAGCAAAGGAUUUGAUGCUUGAAGUCUCGAAAUGUGCGGAAUUGCUAGCCCACGGUCACGGCGGCGGAUGUGCUGGCCACCUCCUGCUCCUCCCCCUCAUCCUCCCCCUCCUCUUCCUCCUCCUCGUCUUCCUCGUCCUCCUCCUCCUCCUCAUCCUCCUCCUCCUCCUACUCGUCGUCCUCCUCGUCCUCCUUCUCCUUGUCCUCCUGACCCCUCUCCUUCUCGGAUUUAGAACCGCAAUUUUCGCGGUUGAUGUCCUUGUGUCGGAGACUUUCUAAAGCCCGGUGACCAGCACGGUAAUUAAUGUUUUGCCCAUAAUGGCGUGCAAUUUCCCUCACAACAUCAUUAGGUUUCGUCGCCUGUCCCACCUUCAUAACC